AUGGGAAAAUCUAGUGUCUUCUUCAGUCCCAACACUCCCGAUGACUUGAAAAGAGAGCUGGGAACUAUCCUAGGCAUGUCAAUUGUUACGGAUACUGGAAAGUACCUAGGCUUGCCUACUCUUUGGGGCAGGUCAAAAUGUGAGGCUCUGAAUUUUGUGAAGGAAAGGUUGCUGCGAAAGAUUGGAGGAUGGAAGCAAGGUUUGUUAUCACAAGCUGGAAGGGACAUUCUGAUUAAAUCAGUCGCUCAGGCGAUUCCAACUUACCCCAUGGGAAUUUUUAAGUUCCCCAAAUCUUUCUGUCAAAAGCUGGAACGUGAGAUUGCUAGGUUCUGGUGGGGUCAAAAACAGGAUGAGACAAAAGUGCAUUGGAUUAGUUGGGCUACUUUGGGGCUUCCAAAGAAUCAGGGAGGCAUGGGAUUUAGAGAUUUUAAUGAUUUCAAUUUGGCCUUGCUAGCCAAACAAUGUUGGAGAUUGAUCAUGGAGCCGAAUUCCCAAUGGGCUCAACUCUUGAAGGCUCGUUAUUUCCCGGAAUGUAGUUUCUUGGAGGCAAAGAAAGGUGGUCGUGCUUCCUGGGCUUGGGCAAGCUUGCUUGAGGGAAGAAAGAUCAUUCUCCAGGGAGCUCGGUGGCAAAUUCUAAAUGGUAGACAAGCAAAGAUUUGGACAGACCUUUGGAUUCCCUCCCUUCAUGAUGGUAAACUCCACCCCCACUUACAAGGCCCAGUUGAUCCUAACACUAGGGUGGAAACUCUAAUUGAUUGGGAUUCCAAAUCUUGGAACUUAACCCCGAUUCAAGAUUCAAUUACUGACGAGGAGAAGCUUGCUGUCCAGCUUAUCCCUAUAGGGAAUGGAAGGGAGGAAGACAGAUUAGUGUGGCCUGGGGAAAAGAACGGCAGAUUUUCUGUGCGAUCCGGGUACCAUUACAUCCAUGCCCUGCAGGUUGAGACCACCGCCAGAAAAGCCUCCACCUCAUCACGGAUAGACCCCUUGGUGUGGAAAAAUAUUUGGAAAGCUGAGGUCCCGCCAAAGAUAAAAAACUUCCUAUGGCGUGCGACCCAUGAUAGGCUACCUACAGCGAUGGCUCUCCACAAACGCAAAAUUGCUCGAACCCCAUUAUGUCCUAUAUGCCAAGCUCAUGAGGAAUCUAUUGAGCAUUUGCUCCUCUUUUGCCCGUGGGUCGAAUUGAUUUGGUUUGGAGGCCCUCUUAAUUAUAAAAUUGACAAGCAGGGAAUUACCACCUUUGACCAAUGGUUGCUGAAAUGUACCAUGGAUGGGGAGGAGCUGGCUGCGUUGAAUAACAAAAGGAAUGUGAGGAGGCUUUACGAAGGACCCUCUCCAAAUCCUACCUCUUGGACAACCCCGGAUGCCCAUGUCAUUAAAGUUAACUUUGAUGCUACUUGGUUGGCAUCCUCUGGCAAAGCAGGAGCAGGUCUUAUUGCACGAAAUGCUAAUGGUGAGUUCGUGGGAGCGAAAUGCCUAUCCUUUCAAGCGGAAUCUGCGAUCAUGGCUGAGGCAAUUGCUGGUUUGGAAGGUUGCAAAUGGGCAUCUGAGCUGGGCUUAUCUGAGGUUUGCUUUGAAUCUGACUCCAAAGAGCUGGUUGAGAGCGUGAAAGGAAACAUAAAACGUGGAAGAUGGAAUCUAUACCCACUUAUAUCAAGGAUUCGUGAAUGCAACUCCAUCUUCUCAAACUGUAACUGGGCAUGGACUGGUAGGAAAAACAAUGAAGCGGCAGAUCAUCUUGCGUCGCUGGCACUAUCGAGGUCGAGUCCGGAAGUCUGGGUAUCCAGGCCCCCCACCUCUCUUGUGCAUAUCUUAAAUCGUGACGGUCUUCCCUGCCCUCCUCGAGCCUCCACAUAG